UUUGAAUCGGGCAGUGAUGUAUAAAACCCCUUCAGGACCUUCGCAGAAAAAGGAUGACUCUUCACGUGAUUUAUGUUACACUUACUCGUGUAAUGCUACAGCAAGAAACAUGAGUGAGGAUGAACAGAAACAGGAACAAGAAAGAUUGAUGAUGGAGAUACAAUGCUUGAUGUCAGAUGAAAUAUUUGACGACGUUGUAAUAACACCUACACCGUCAGAUAAUUGUAGUUUAACAGAAAGAUUUGGCAGGCUAGAAGUAUUCAAAAAGCCUUUGUUGUUUAUCUACUCUGACAGAGACAACAACCUCAAAAUUUCUGAAAAUGUUAUGGCACAGAUAAGUAGUAUAGAUGUAACGCUAAAUGUCGUUGCUGUAUGUGGUCUAUAUAGGACAGGAAAGUCGUAUCUGAUGAACAGGUUGGCGAACGAAAGGAAAGGAUUUGCACUGGGGAGCACAGUUCGGUCUGAGACAAAGGGUAUUUGGGCCUGGUGUAAACCUCACCCAACACAAAAAGAUCAAGUUUUACUUUUACUUGAUACAGAAGGUUUAGGAGAUGUAGCCAAGGGGGACACUGAUCAUGACAACAAGAUGUUUAGUUUAACAAUGCUACUAAGUAGCACCCUCAUUUACAACAACAUUGGUGUUUUCAAUCAAGAUGCUGUUGACAAAUUAGCUUUUUUAACACGCGUGUCGAGAAAUGUACAAGUUUUGCCCAGAUUAAACAAAGAGGAAAAUGAAGAUAACAUGAAAAUAAUUACUCCUAUUUUCAUUCUGUGUCUCCGAGACUUUUACCUCGAGGUAAAAGACGAAGAUGGUAAAGAUAUAACCCCAGAUAAAUACUUUGAGAAGUGUUUGUCAGUGUCAGACGGAAAAGGCAAAAUGAAAAUUGACGAAACGAGGGAAUGCAUAAAAAGAUACUUUCCCAGAAGAAAAUGUUUCACGCUCGCACAACCAGCUAUAGGUAAAAAGCUUGCUAAACUUGAUGAUUAUGAGGAUUAUCAACUCAACGACGAAUUUAUAAGUGACUGUGGCAGUCUCCAAGAAUAUGUGUAUACAUGUGAACAUAAAGUUACGGAUGGAGUUACAAAGGCUCCAGUGAAGGGUAAUGACUUUGAAUCUUUUACGCGGACAUAUGUGACUGCAAUGCGAACAGGAUCAAUGCUGUCAUACGAGAAAGCAUAUGAUCAGGUGUCCAGGUUUCACAACAGCAAGCUUGUGGUCACAUUCGUUCAUGAAUUUGAGGCUGAACUUAAGAAAAUGGAUACACCUGUGAAGCGUAAAACGGACAUAGAAGGAAAAACAUUUGAGAUACUUAACAAAAAGCUAAAACUGUUGAGGGAGAAGAUGUAUCCGUACAGAAUGAAUAUAUUUGAAGAUAAAGCAAUGAAUAAAAUGAAAACAAUUGCUGAUGAAUUUCGUAAACAAAACAGUACACUCGUACAACGAAAAUUACUAGAAUAUCUUGAAGAGCUUCAUGGGGACAUGAUUAAACAAAAUGAGAUUUGGUUUGAUUCAAAGGAAGGCUUGAAAUUGUACAAUCAGAAUAUCGAUUUUAUGAAAGAGUUGUUUCACAGCAAAAUGCAAGACUAUGACGAAGAUGAGACAAUUCAGCUCCACUGGAGACCACUGAACAUACCUUGCACAGGAAGUUGGAGACGCAUUCCAAGAAAAGAAGCCAAGAGAAUGAAUAAAGAGUACUCGUCAGAGAUAGUCAUAGAAACAGCCCCUUUGUGCAAUGAAGAUAUCACGGAACCUAUUGCCAACGACCUGUCUGUAGUGAAAAAUCUGUUUUACUGUGCUGCAACUUACACAAGGAAAACAAGAAGACGAAAGAAUCCAAAAACGUCUUAA